AUGGCAAUGAUCCUGGAUUCAUUUGUUUCAAGAUGCAUUGAACAAGUGACGGGUUUUGUUGAGGGAGAGAUAUGCAAAGUGCUGGGCGUGAAGAAGGAGAUCAAGACGCUGCAGGAGAAGCUGGAGAUGAUCAAAUGUUACCUCGAAAGUGCAGAGCGGAAAAGCCGUGGGGAUCCCGGCAUCGAGGCCUGGGUGAGGAAGCUGAAAGACAUCAUGUACGAUGCCGACGACAUCAUCGAUCUGUGCAUGAUGGAAGGUGGCAAACUGUUGGAGGCUCGGGGAUCAGCAUCGGCUUCGGGGGUAAGCUUCGUUUUCAGCUUUGUUUCUUCUUGCUUUCGGUGUACCAAACAACGCCAUGAGAUUGCGGGUAAAAUCGAAGCCAUUAAUGGUAGACUGAAACAAAUAGCUGAGGAAGCUUCCAUCCUUAGUAAUCUACAGUCUUCUGGUAGUCACCAACCCCAACCCGAAAAACCAACUCUACUUGAGACGACUUCCUUGGAAGUCGAGGAGGACAUCGUAGGGGGACAAAUCGAAGUAGAUGCCGAUACUCUAAUCAAUGCCAUGCUAGAGGACACCAAACAAAAAUGUCGUAUUUUUGGGAUUGUUGGAAUGGGCGGAAUCGGGAAGUCCACUCUGGCACACAACAGCCUAAAUGCAAGGAAGAAACUGAGCCUAAUGUUUGCAUCUGAUCAGGUGGAUGUUUCAUUCAAAAGUACACCAGAAACCUGCUUGAAUAAUUUCAGAUAG